UGGUCGUGGUUGGUUAGAUUCCUCGCGUGGGCCUCAGGUUUGGGUUUGUAGAGGGUCACGGUUGGGGUCUGGUAUGGCCUGACAAGCAGCGAUGAACACCCUGAGAGCAUCACACCCUGAUAGCAUCACACCCUGAUAGCAUCACACCCUGAUAUCAUCACACCCUGAGAGCAUCACACCCUGAUAGCAUCACACCCUGAUAGCAUCACACCCUGAGAGCAUCACAUCGCGGCGGCUGUUGAGCGAUGAGCAGUGUGUCUCGGUGUUGGCUCUGGCUGGUGGGCGUGGGCGUUCUGGCACCAUCGCCCAGCGAGCGUGUAUUAUCACGCUACAGCUCCUCAGCAACACCGUCUCUACACUGCUCGGCUCGCUGCGGACGUGUCUGCCCAGAGGGCACCUCCCCCGUGACAGCGAACCAGCUGUUCGUCUACAUUCCCGCGUACCUCGCUCAUGCCUGAGAGCUCCAGGCUCCAGAAUACCAGGCCAAUGGCUAAAACCAGCACAUGUUAAGCGGUGGUUCAAAAGGUGGUGUACGGCUCCAUUUUACACCCUUUG